UUCCCUACAGUUUACAUUGGACAACAAAGAGGACCCCGUGGCUCUGGAGUGCCUGUCGUGUUCUUGUGCUGCAGGUAAAGCUCUAUGUAAUCACAUAGUAGCCCUGCUAUUUCAGACGGCACACUACAGUACCAUCGGCUUCAAGACUGUACCACUGCCACUGCCAUCCACCAGCUCACUGCAGACAUGGCAUCGUCCAAGGACACAGGGAAUUGCACCAGAGGCAACAAAUGAGAUGAAGGUGUGUAAGCCACAGAAGAAAAGAAGUGUUGGAACUGGUGCCAAGUGCACACUUUACAGAGCAUAUACUGGGCCUCUUCCAGAUCCUCAUGUGAUGGCCAUUGGUGAAAAACUUAAAGACAUCCGUCCACAGCCUGGGAUAUGCAAAUUGUUACACGGAAUUCAGGAACUUAAAUUAGUGGACUCUAAAUUUGGCCCUGUCCCAUUUGGCUCUGUCCUUUCCUACCAAUGCCCUCCUGAAACAAGUAAAGACUGUAUUAGACACCCUGAUGCCCCUGCAUUUCCCAAGUUACCAGUUGAUGGGUACAGUUUUAAAUUCCCAGUAAAAUUUGAGCCCAACUACAAACAACAAUGCCACCUGGAGAGCUUGAAGGUAACGCAAGAGAUCUCAUCUGCUAUUGAAGCUGAUACCAGGCAGCAAUCAGAAUGCCAGUUAUGGACUCUGGUACGCAAACCUCGACUCACAGCCAGCCGAUUCCGUGAGAUAUGCCAUGUUCGUGGGGAGUCUUCUGCCAAAGCUUUGGCUUCUCGCAUCCUGAGGGGAGCUCCUCAGACAGCUGCCAUGAAACGUGGUUUGGACCUGGAAUCUGACAUACUGCGGCAGUAUGCAGAUUUUUGUGAUGUCACAGUGACAUCUUGUGGGGUAAUCAUCCACCCAGAUGCACCUCACCUUGGGGCUACCCCGGAUGGUAAAGUCUUCGACCCUUCUGAGAUGCCACCUUUUGGCCUGGCAGAGGUUAAAACUUGUAAUGUACAAAGUGUUGAACAAGUUAAACACCUGACCACAGUUAAAGGCAAAGCAUCCUUACGGAAGACUCACAAGUACUACUAUCAGGUACAAGGACAACUAGCCAUUACCGGCCUUCAGUGGUGUGAUUUCAUCACAGAUACACACACUGACUUUACAGUAGAAAGAAUCUAUAGGGAUGAGGAGAUUAUCCACUCAAUGCGGGAAAAUCUUGAUAAUUUCUACUACAACAUUUACAUGGAUGUCUUCUUAUGUCAUAAAUCUUAAAACAUUACAAUGUAAAUAGUUGUUACUGGUGAAUGGUAGCACCUGUGAAGCUGAAAUAAGCAAUUGAACAGAUGUUUA